AUGGCAGCAGCGCCGCCGGUGAUCCCGGACGAGCUCGUCGAGGAGAUCCUGAUCCGCCUCCCGCCCGACGACCCCGCAUGCCUCCUCCGCGCAUCCCUCGUCUGCAAGGACUGGGGCGGCAUCCUCUCUCGCCCGGCCUUCCGCCGCCGCCUCCACGAGCUCCACCAGACACCGCCCGUCCUCGGCUUCCUCCACGUCGAGGCCAGCGAGCGCACCCCCUGCUUCGUACCCACCAUCGCCUCAUCCUUCUCUCCCGCCGCCCCGGACCACCGCUCCUGGUCGGCACUCGACUGCCGCCACGGCCGCGCCCUCUUCGUCUCCGAGGGCCAGGAUAGAUAUGCUCGGGAACUCCUUGUGUGGGAGCCAAUCACGGGCGCCCAGCAGCGUUUACCUGUGCCCGUGGCGUUUGAGUGGAGCUACAGCUACUUGACUGCGGCCGUGUUCUGCGCAGCGGACGGGUGUGACCACCGCGACUGCCUCGGAGGUCCUUUCCGCGUGCUCUUCGUCUUGUCCGUCGGCGACGAUGAAGUCUUCUCCGACGAUGACGAUGCGUAUGGCACGUUGGCAUCCGUGUACUGGUCGGAGACUGGCACCUGGGGCGAGCUGACCUGGAUUUACCGCGACUGGUCCAUAUUCGAAUUUACAUACUCCAACGUGCUCGUUGGGAGCUCUGUGUUCUACUUCAUAUGUUUCCUGGAGUAUGACUUGUCGAGGCACGCCCUGAAUGAGUUUAGUUUUAGGCCACCAGACAACUACUACGGCUGCAUAUAUAACCUUGUGCUGGCGGAGGACGGUGGACUGGGCAUAAUCCAAGACUUGGAUCCGCAGCUCAAAUUGUGGACAAGAGAGGCGAGUGAUGGGACUGAUGAACAAUGGGUGCUAACUUGGGUCAUCGACCUGGGCAAUUUGCUACCAACUAGUGCUCGAUUGAAUGAAGAUUAUAGAGUGCAUGUAAUGGGCUUCGCUGAGGGGGCAAAUGCCAUUGUCGUGAACACAGUUGAUGGCGUCUUCACAGUGGAGCUACAGUCGGAUCAUGUGAGGAAGGUGUGCAGUGAUCAUGGCUUCGGUAAUUUGAUCCCAGUUGUCAGCUUCUACACUCCUGUACCCCUAGGUAAGCCUAGUGAGGAGCCUAACGAGGAGUCAGGUGGUGACGAGGGUGGAGAGGAGGAGAAAACAGUAGGUUGGGCACAACUGCUGUUGAGCAAGGGGUCCAAUGCUAUGAAGGAAGGGGACUUCGCCAACACCUUUGAAUGCGUCAGCAAUGACCACAAUAUCAGGUGA